AUGCUUCCUGAUCUUGAAUAUAAUAAUAAGAUGGACUGGCUGAAAAAUAGGAAAAAAUCCAUGGGCGUUAUUUUACUCCACCCCAUCCUUGAUCGAACGACUCGCCAUCGUUCGAUCAAGGAUGGGGGGUUAAAAUAAAUUUUUUUGGGAAAAAAAAAUUAUAUAUAAAAUAACAAAAAUAUAUAUAUAUAUUUUUUUUAUUUACUUUUAAAUAAGAAGGUUAAGAGUAUUUAAUAAUUAUUUUUACAUCAAAAAAUUGAAUUAAUUUCAUAAAAUACCAAUUUUUAGUAUUUUGAUUUAUUAGUUACCCUUUUAAACUGUAUAAAUUUUAAUUUGUUCCUUAUUGAAUUAAAUUUUGUUUUCUCAAAAUUUUAAAGAAUCUCUCUUUUAUUAGAUUAUUGAGUUUUUAAGCCUGGUUUGAUGGCUAAAUCACUUCAAAUGGUUGAUUCCGAAGCUUUCUGUCGUCUCAAAGCUCUGAAAACAACUUCAUUAGGUACAUCUUCCCAAGCUUUUGAUAACUAAUAUAUUUUAUAUAUAUAAAAAUUUGCAUGAUAUGAAAAUCGUUCGAUCAAGGAUGGGUUAAUUUCCCCAAUUUUUAGGAAUUUUUACAGUCAAUCGUUCGAUCAAGGAUGGGGGGGAGCUAGGUCUUUUAUUCGCGACUUCUUUCUUUUGGGUAGUAAUUGUUUAUAGUGAAGAAGCAGGUUUUGAUGAUUCCACUAACAGUAAUGAUCAUUUACUUUUUAAAGAUUCCAAAGAAGAUAUAGAUAAUAGAUGAAAAAUUUCUCACCAUAUGAUUAAUGACACAAAUUCAACUUCAGAUAAUCAGACAAAUCAAUUAUUUGUAAUAGAAUCUCAAGUAUUGGCAUCUGAUAUUUAUAUUUUUGAUAAAAAUAUUAAAUGCUACCCUCAAAAUCUUGGCUAUACAAAGUCUCAAAGCGAUUCCAGGUUUAAGUACCAAAAUCGAGCCUUAAAGUGUUCUUCUGGAGAUGAGCUAUUUUCAAUGGAAAACAACACUUUAUACAUAAACUGUUUAAGUUUUGGCCCUGCCCAGUAUUCUUUAGGCAAUUCUCCUGAAAAUGAAAUUAUUGGAAACGUAAAAUAUUUGCCUGAAUGAAAAUCCUAUUCAUCCCCAGUAGAUAUUGGGGAUCGAGAAUUCGGUUUUAUUAAGUGUGGCAGAGACAAAAAGCAAGCAUGACUUCACAAUAAAUUUUCCCAAAAAAUUUUUAAUAAAACUCAAGAAAAGAGAAAAAAUAUCAUGAGUUCGCUAAAUUUGCCAGAAACCCCAAAACCAUUGACAGUUCUACUUAUAGUAGUGGAUUCUCUAUCAAGGCAGCAUUUUUAUAGGACUAUGAAAAACACAGUAGAGUUUAUGAACACUAUAAAUAGCGAUUUUUCUGAAAAUUACAUUAUUUAUGAUUUUUUUAAUGGAAAUUCACAUGGCGAAAAUACACAGCCAAAUUUAGCUCCCUUGCUUUAUGGGCGUAGCCUUGCUGACCUCCAAAUAAAAACUAAAGGGCUUUCCUUGAAAAAAAGUGAUGAUGCACCAAAAUAUCAAAAAAUCCAAGAAAGUAUUAUUUGAAAGCAUUUUGAAAAUCAUGGAUUUGUGACUAUGUUUGAGUGGGAAACAAGAUGAGAUUAUUUUCCUGAUCUAGCAGGAAGAAAAGUUCUAUGUGACCAUGUAGCUACAAGCUUUUGAAGAGGUGCAGUAGAUGUCGCAGGGUUUACAGAUUUUAGUGAAAAACAAAGAUGCAUAGGAAAUCAUCAUUCCCAUGAAUAUUUAUUUAAUUACACAAAAGAAUUUAUAGAAAAUUAUGCUGGACUUAAUAAGUUUGGGUAUAUGCAUUUAAUAUCUGCGCAUGAAGUGACUGGGUCAGUGGUCCAAGCUAUGGAUAAUGAUUUAUCUCGAUUUUUUGAAGAAAUUAUGAAUUUUCAUAUAGACAAAAACGAGGAUUUAGCAAUUUUUCUUGUUUCUGAUCAUGGUAAUCAUAUGGGGCCUUGAGAUAGAUAUGAAGAAGGGACAGUUGAAAAUUUGUCUCCAUUUACAUUUUUUAUUACAAAUAAGCAGUUCCUAUCAAAAGUCAAUAAAAAUUCCCAUGAAAUUAUUUUACAUAACACACAAAGAUUGGUAGGAAAAUAUGAUAUUUAUCUUACAUUACAGCAAUUAGCGUUAUUACCAUAUGGAAAUCCAUCGGAUCAAUAUAAAAAUUGAAAAAAUGAAAUUAAAAUUAAUUCUGUUGUUUCUUUAUUAUAUGAAAAAAUUCCGGAUAAUCGAACUUGUGAAGACAUAGGCGUACCAUUGUACUGGUGCAAUUGUUUGGCAUAUAAAAAGAUUGAAAUAGCUGAUGAAAAAGGACUAGCCCAUCAUAUAGCAAAUGAAGCGGUUUCUACAAUUAAUAAAAAAAAUUCUAAAGAUAAAGCCCAAGAAUUUUGCUUACUCCCCCUUGUGAACGAAAAAACUAUUGGAAAAUCCCAUUUUUUGAAUAAAAGCCCAUCCUAGCUAGCGAACAAAAAAUUUUAUAUAUAUAACUGAUAAUUAAUAUAAUGAAAUCUUGAUAAUUCUUUUUAAAUUUAAGCGCGUUUUAUAAUAUGAAUUUUUCAAAUUAAAUUAAUAUUUGCUUUCAAGUAUUGUGGAUAGGGAGUUUUUGGAUUUUCGAAAAAGCAAUUUUACUAUAACUUGGAAAAAAAUUUUAAAAAAUAAUUAACCUUCAUCUGUGAGCAAGUAAAAUUUUUGUUCGCUCACGGAGGGAGUUAUUCCAUUGUUUAGUGCAUAAUUUUGUUCGAAAAAUUACCAAUUAUUAUUUAAAAUUUAAUUAAAUUAAUAAAUGAAGGAGUUAGAAGUAAAAUUUGAUUAUGUUAUAAAAAUUGAAGAAGAGACCAAGCAAAGUCAAAAUUAUUCAGGAAACAUGUAUAAGGUUACGUUUGCUAUCAAAGAAAGAUCAGGAGUGAUUUUCGAAGCUUUUGCAUUUGUUGGAAAUACUAUAAAAUUCAUUAAAAUAGAAGUUGAAAAUCAAUAUUAUAUCAGCCUAAAAAGAUUAAUUCUCUUAGAUAAAAUGUAAUAAUCCUAUUAAGCCUAGAAAAUAGGUUAUUAUUUUUGCAUUUUAAGGGUUUAUUGGCUAUAAAGGGCAAAUAUACAUUAAAAUGGCAUGGUGAAUUAACCCAUCCUCUUAACUCAUACAGCUGACACCCGAAAGAGUGCCGGGGAUCUUAAGAAAGGGAGUUUGUCAUUCGAUAUGGUAUUCGGCUAGGUUUUUCUUAGUUUGGUGAAGCACAAUGUCGACUGACUGCAAGCUGUACUCCAAUACCAAGUUUCUCAGAGAGAGAUGGGUCCGGAAGUUGGAAAGGGGUUCCCAGCUGUGUCAUGGCGUUCGGCUUGACCAGUCGGGACUAUUCCAGUGUUAAACAGGAGUAACGCGUAACGCCCUAGGCUACGGGUUUCCAUCUUAGUCAAGAGUCAGGAAAUUCAACCUUUUUGAAUUUUCAAUGGUGGGCAACCCAGUUGGCGUAGGGCACGGUGACCCAAACUUUGCGACUGCCAGGAAGCAUAUGCAAGUCCAUUCUUGUAGAAGACUUUGAAGGUCUUAAAAUGAUUGCCGGCGAGCAGGGUGAGUGGAGCGUUAAGGGAGGGAAUAAGGAUCUUCAGAUACCUUUAGGAGCUUUUCUAUAAUCUAAGUAAUUGACUGUAAAGGGCAUACCCUAUUUCAAAAUGAAAAAAUUUUGAGGUCCAAGUCCAAAAAAUCGUCAGAGUUGAUACUUUAGAUGAUUAUUGCGGCGAGUUAGCAGAACAAAUGUCGGCCAAAGCUUCUUUUUGUGUAUGCAAAUACCCAGAUUCUUAUGAAUUACAAAGCUCGAUCCCUCAAAAACGAAAACUUACAAUUGAAAAACUAAAAAAAAAUUUAUCAAUUUCUAUUGGAGGGAUUUUUGAAAAUUGCAUAGAAACUUGUUCCAAAUUAAAUAAAAAAUGCGAAAAAUGGGGUUUGCCGCUUCUGAAUAGGCUGGAGAUACUUAAUGAGCCUUGAAGAAGUAGUCGUUCAAGUAUUCAAGUUCAUAAAGACAAUCAGAAUAUUGAUUUCAAAACUCUUAGGGUCAGUGGAAAUAUUAAUGGUGAAGUCACUGGUCUGAUGAAGGAAUCAGAUUCUUACAAAUUCAUGCAAAGCGAUUGGAGUAAUCUCACUUGUGAAGCAAGAAGUGAGAAUAUAAUGCCAAUCUGUCCAUGCACGCUUUAUUCUUUUAUUUAA